AUGACGGAGAUGACGCCUGGCGAGCCACCACGUGUUACACCCAUCGCUGGAGUCGUGAGCGACCAGAUCGCUUGUGAUGACGAGCAGCGGGGCGAACAGUCGACACAGGAGUCAAUGGCUGCCGAAGGAGAAUGUCGUAGGAGCUUGUACGGAAGGUGGGUGCCAACUGUCGUGCUAGUGGUGGUGCUCGCCGUCGCCGUGCUUGGGCUUGCGACCGACGGCCAGGCGCAGCUGCAGAAUGGGUUCUACACUGGCAAGUGCCGUGGCAACGACGUGGAGGCGGUGGUCCGUGGUAUCGUCAAGGCCCCCUUCGCCCAGGACAGCGCCAUCGUCGCCCACCUCCUACGCUUGCUGUUCCACGAGUGCGGCGUCAAUGGCUGCGAUGGCGGGCUGCUGAUCGACGGCACCGGCACAGAGAAGACGGCAUCACCAAACCUGAGCGUGAAGGGCUACGAUCUCAUCGCCACCAUCAAGAUGGAACUUGAGAGGCGGUGCCCCGGCGUGGUAUCCUGCUCCGACAUCGAGAUCCUCGCAACCAGGGACGCCGUCAAUGCAUCCACGGGACAAGGAUACGCGGUGCGCACCGGACGCAGGGACCGCCGGCGGUCCAUAGCCACCGACAUAAACCUUCCGGGGCCAGAUUUCACGGCCCCGCAGGCAGCUGCUUUCUUCCGCACCCUCGGCCUCAGCUCGGACGACAUGGUCGUUCUGCUGGGCGCGCACACGGUUGGAGUCACUCACUGCAGCAUGAUCAAGAAGAGUCGUCUUUACAGCUACGGCGGCAAGGCUGGUGCAACGGACCCGAGCAUGGACCCGGAGCUAGCGUCCAUAUACAAGACGUAUGUGUGCCCUAACACGGCAUCAUCCGAUAACAACAUCGUGUUUCUAGACGACCGGUCCAGCGCGUCCAAGCUGGACAACAGCUUCUACAAGAUGUUGCAGCGCCGCCGCGGCGCGCUCAUGGUCGACCAAAACCUCUACGGCGACGGCUCCACGCGUUGGAUGGUCGACAGGCUCGCCAAUACCGACCAUUUCCGUUGGCUCUUCCCGCAGGCGCUCGUGAAGCUCGGGGAGGUCAACGUGCUCACCGGCACACAGGGAGAGGUCCGCAAGCUCUGCAGCAAGUUCAACUGAUGAUAUCAUCAUCAUUUUCUGAGGAAACAUCCGAUAAGGGCGAGACUUUUGUGUUUAUUUCCAGUCGGAUUGGUAGCAACAUCUCUCUCCUUUUUUGUUUUGGUUGGAUUCAUCGUGAUGUACUCUGUUUUGACCGCACGUUCGAUUCAUUUAAUUUGUUUUCCA